AUGAUCUCAGCGUAUCGCACGUCCAUCUUCUCUGUUGUGUCCACGUCGGGUCGACGAGCCUACAGUGGAACCGUCAGAUCGCUGAAAUCGACAGCCAAUAGAUCGACCUUGGAAACUUCAGGUGCGAAAGUGGCAACCGAAUCUGCCGCUUCGAAAUCAACAUCGAGUUCUUUCGUAAAGAAGCAUCCAUUCAAAUUUCAAUUGGGAGUUGCUACUGUGAAAACUUCUGCAGCAGACUUGGUGGCACAAGUAGUUGCAGAGCAAAAAUCUUUCGAUGAAAUAGAUUGGCGACGAAACGGACUAUUUGUAGUAUUUGGCUUCACCUAUCUCGGGUGUUUUCAAUACUGGCUCAUGGUCACGAAAUAUCGACACUGGUUCCCUACGAUGGACCGCUUUGCGAAGCUUUCUUUCGCAGCAAAACUGAAAGAUACUGCCGGCAUUAUGGAUGCCAUGAAGAUGGUUCUGUUUGAUGUCACAAUCCACUUGCCCAUUCUAUAUUUCCCCACUUAUUACACAGUGAAAGAACUUGUGGGAGGAAAAAGUUGGAAUCCUGCAGACUGGGUGAAGGAUGGUGUGACAAAGUAUACCAACAAUGCCAAAGAGGAUUUGACCGCCAUGAUACAGCUAUGGGGACCCUCUGAUUGUAUCCAAUUUGUUCUCCCAGUUCAUAUUCGAUUACCGUUCCGUCAUGUCGUAUCGUUCUUCUGGACCACAUACGUGAGCUUCACCCGGGGAGCCAUGGAAGAUGACGGGGAGAAGAAAGAUGAUUAG